GAGGAGGCGGAGGCUGGGAAGCGUCGGUUGAAGAAGAAGAGGCUCUUCUUUUUGAAGCCAUUGGAUUAAGCAAAGGCGGCUCAGAGUCAGGAUGAUGCAGAGCCUGGACCUGGGCAGCCGGGAGGAGGGCAAGCUCUGGCACCGAAAGCCCUCCCCGACAACGCUCCAGGGAGUCAUCAUCAAUAUUAUCCACAGCACCACAGGCUACCAUUCCAAAACAAUACGUUUUCUGAAUGUGGCUUUCGACAGUUCGGGAGACUCCCUCCUUGCUGGAGACCAUCAAGGGAAUAUUUAUGUUUUUGAACUGCUGGGCAACAGGUUCAAGCUGGUUCAACGAACAGCACAAGCUUGUACUGCUUUGGCAUUUAACCUCCGAAGGAAGACAGAAUUCCUUGUGGCUUUGGCCGAUUAUUCCAUUAAAUGCUUUGAUACAGAUUCCAGAGAACUUGUUAGUUGGAUGAGAGGACAUGAUUCUUCAGUGUCUUCAAUCUCAGUUCAUGGUUCUGGUAGAUAUGCCAUCACAUCAUCUGCAGAUACAGCCCAGCUGUGGGAUCUUGACACAUUUCAGCGAAAAAGAAAGUUGAAUAUCCGUCAGUCUGUGGGUAUCCAGAAGGUGUUCUUUCUUCCACUGAGUAACACUAUUAUAAGCUGCUUUAAAGAUAACUCUGUGUUCGCCUGGGAGUUUGAUACCCUUUGCUGCAAGUAUCAGCUGCCUUCUCCAAUAGAAGGUUCUGCCUUGCGUUAUAAAGUUUUUGCUGUUACACGAGAUGGCCGUGUUCUUGCAGCCGGUGGGAAAUCAAACCAUCUACAUUUGUGGUGUUUGGAGUCGAAACAGCUACUAAGAAUAAUCCAGAUGCCAACCAAAGUGCGAGCUGUUCGCUACCUAGAAUUUCUUCCUGAUAGCUUUGAUGCUGGUUCGAAUCAGGUUCUUGGUGUGCUGAGCCAGGAUAAUAUCCUGAGAUUUAUCAACAUCCGGACAUGUAAGCUUCUCUUUGAAGUUGGCAGUCAAGAAGGGAUUAGUGUAGUUGCUCUGAGCCCUAAUGGACGAUAUGUUGCAGCAGUCAUGGACAAUGGCAGCCUUAAUAUAUACAGCAUCCAAGCUCUGACCCAAGAAAUAAAUAAGCCUCCUCCACCUCUGUUCAGAGUGAUUGAAGAGUCCAAAUCCAAGUUUGACACAGACAAACUUACAGUGCGAGUGGCCUCUGGAAUCUCAGAGAAGCCGUGGAAAUCAAAAGCGGGUAAAAUCCAAACAAAGGUGUUGAGACCACAGCCAGACUUAUCACAUGAGGAUAAAGAGAAUGAGCUGCCAGACGGAUUGAACAAAAAACGGCUCCAGACUUUGCUGAAAGGAUUUGGAGAAUAUCCAGCAAAAUAUAGGAUGUUUGUGUGGCGCUCUUUACUUCAUCUUCCAGAAAAUCACUUGGCCUUCAGCAGCCUGUUGGAUAAAGGGACCCAUUCAGCAUUUGUGCACCUUCAGAAUGAUUAUCCUAUAAAAAGCAGGAAACUCUUGCGUGUUUUACAGAGGACUUUGUCUGCUCUAGCACACUGGUCCACCAUCUUUGGUGAGCUGCCUUAUGUCCCACUGCUGGCCUUCCCUUUUGUCAAACUCUUCCAAAACAAUCAGCUAAUCUGCUUUGAAGUAGUUGCUACUGUAAUAGUUAAUUGGUGUCAGCACUGGUUCGAGUUUUUCCCCAAUCCUCCAGUCAAUGUACUUAGUAUGGUGGAAAACAUCUUGGCACAUCACGACAAGGAGUUGCUUCAGCAUUUAAUGAAUUACAAUAUAACGUCACAGGUCUAUGCCUGGCCUCUCCUGGAAACAAUGUUCUCUGAGGUUCUGACAAGGGAGGAAUGGCUGAAGAUGUUUGAUAAUAUCUUCUCCAACCACCCUUCCUACUUUUUGAUGGUGGUUGCUGCUUAUAUUAUCUGUUCCAGGGCUCCAUUGCUUCACUGUAACCAGAAAGAAGACUUUGAGUAUUUCUUCCAUCAUCGGAAUAACAUGGACAUAAAUGUUGUGAUUAAAGAGGCCUACCACCUCAUGGAGUGCACCCCAACAGACAUCCAUCCACAGCGGAUGUUGGAUGACUUUGUGCCACUGACCAAAGGGCAAUACCCAAUAUUCAAUAAGUAUCCCAAGUUCAUUGUGGAUUACCAGUCUCAGGAGCGAGAGCGAAUCCGACAAGAUGAAAUUGAGUAUCUGAGAGAGAGACAGUUGGUUCAUGAGGUAGAAGCGAAAGCAAUUGAGCGCAGAGUGGAGGAUGAAACUUGGUAUCGGAAGCAGGAGCUGCUUCGUGAGGCUGAGGAGCAAAGGAGGAAGAUUCUGCUUAAGGAAGAAGAGAAAUUGGCAGAACAAAGGCGGAGGCUAGCUGCUGUGAAGCGAGAGUUAAAGGUGAAGGAGUUACAGUUAUUGGAAGCUGCAAGAAGGCGUUUCCUGAAAUAUCAGCAAGAUCAACGAGAAAUGGAGCUCAGACGGCUUGAUGAUGAAAUUGCAAGAAAGGCAUCAAUGAGAGAUCAAGAAACAGCUGCUACUGUUCAAGAUGUAGAAGUACGGCAGAUGGAGCUUGAAUCACAGAGGCGGCUUUUUCAACAGAAACUUCUCAAAGAGAAGGAAACCAUGACACAGGAAGUCAGAGGGGAGCUGGACACCAGUCGAAGGAAAGCUGACCUCGAAGAACACUUGCUUCAGCGGUUGAUUGAAACUGAGCAGGACGGGGAACAGACAUCACGGCAACUGGUUGAAGAAUGCUUGGCCAAAGUCAACCAAGAGCACCUUGACACAGACUGGCGAGCUCAGGUGCUGCAAAAGCAAAGGAAUGACGACAUGGAUCGAGACAGGUGUUAUCAGGAAGUAGCAAAACUCCUCCGUAACAACAGAGCAACAGAAGCAGAGUUGCUGGAUGCUAUGAAAACAGAGGAAGCCAAAAAGUGGGAAGAAGUUCUAGAGAAGAGAGAGCAUUUGGCAGCAGAAGAAGCAGUUACUGCAGCUUUGGAUGCCAACAGGAAGCGGUUUCUAGAACGUGAGAUGAAUGAUGCGCUAGAGCUGGCUGUGAAGCUCCAGGACAAAGAUGGCUAUUUUGUGGUAUCUGUAACCCAGCAAGAACCCUGUCUACUUUCUACAGAGAGACUGCGUGAUCUGAGAGCCUCCCAGCCUCGGCAGAGUUUGGAAUUACAGCAAGUAUCCUGCAAGGCUCAGCCACAGCCUGGCAACACCUGCUUGAAUGAUUCAUCAGGAGUAGAUUCUUCAGCACAUUGUAAUUUCUUUAGAUCGAGGACGGCAAGAACUGGAAAAUCGAGAGCGGGAGAUGAUGGCAGAAGUUCGACAGCUUAGGCAAAAGCUCAUGUCACAAGCUCGAGCGAAGCAAACACCAACAGUGGAUGCACAGUGGAGCAGCUAAAGGAGGGUGCUCAUGAAUCAGAUACAAAUGGACAUUUAUGCUGGGAUUCCAAGUAGCUACACAAAAAGUAUAAUAGAAAGUGAUUUUACACAGUUUGUAGUCUCUUUACACAUAUUUUUAUAUAUAAAAACAUAUAUGCUUCAAUUGACUUUUUAAAAGAAAUAUAUUAAGUAAAUGAUACGUUUUUAAAUAAAACACUGGUGUAUGUAGUACAGUAUAGUGAACCAGCAUGGCAUAGUGGGUGAGCAUUGGACUACUCCCAGGAGAGGAGUAUUGUCAAAGCUGUGUCAUUGGGACCAUUGCACAAACAGAGCAAGUAAUGUGGCUGUUGCAAAAGUCACAAUGUGCAAGGGUAUGGCACUUUGUAGGACAACACAAGGAAAAGCAGCACGAUGGCCUCCAACAGAGAAACAGUACUAAUAAUCCAAAACAGCAGUGGAAAGUCAUGAGUACCCUGCACCCAGCUAGAAAAAUGUUUUCAUCUUCCGUGGGGCAUUGUAUAGUGACACCUCACUGUUGCACGGGGGGGAGCAUCUUGUGCGGUGGCCAUUUGUGCAUUGUUGCAGCUUCUAACAUAGUUCCAUUAUCAUGUUAGCAAUAUAACUCCACAUUGCAGCCUUUAAUGCAAGCUAUUGGCUUCUCUCUUCCAAUGUGUAAGCAUAUUGUCAUAGAAUCAUAGAGUUGGAAGAAACCGCAAGGGCCAUCCAGUCCAACCCACUACCAUAUAGGAAAUCUCAAUCAAAGCAUCCCCAACAGGUGGCCAUCCA